CUCGUGGAGUGGGAGUGGCGCGGAGCCGCCGCGGGGCCCUGGCCGCCCGCAGUGCCGCGCGCUGGGUGUGGGAGCGGUGAGAGCGUGGGCGCGGCCUGGGCGCGGAGAACGGUCUUCACAACAUUUGAAAAUGACGACACCAAACAAGACACCUCCUGGUGCUGAUCCUAAGCAGCUGGAAAGGACUGGAACAGUAAGAGAAAUUGGAUCACAAGCUGUUUGGUCACUCUCAUCUUGCAAACCAGGGUUUGGAGUGGAUCAGUUACGAGAUGACAAUCUAGAAACUUAUUGGCAGUCUGAUGGCUCCCAGCCUCAUUUAGUGAACAUCCAAUUCAGAAGAAAAACAACGGUGAAAACAUUAUGUAUUUAUGCAGACUAUAAGUCCGAUGAAAGCUACACUCCAAGCAAAAUCUCAGUCAGAGUAGGAAACAAUUUUCACAACCUUCAAGAAAUUCGGCAACUUGAAUUGGUGGAACCAAGUGGCUGGAUUCAUGUUCCCUUAACGGACAAUCACAAGAAGCCAACUCGCACGUUCAUGAUACAGAUCGCUGUUCUAGCCAAUCACCAGAAUGGAAGAGACACCCACAUGAGACAGAUUAAAAUAUAUACACCAGUGGAAGAGAGCUCUAUUGGUAAAUUUCCUAGAUGCACAACUAUUGACUUCAUGAUGUAUCGUUCAAUAAGGUGACUUUAAAACAACAGAAGUCACGAAACAUAUCUUUGUUUUACCUUGUCAUCUAUUACUAUACCAGGAAUCUUUAUUGAAAAAAGCGUGUUAUUUCGCAAUUUUGUAUACAUUUUAAAACAUUUUAAUUUUGAUAAAUAAAUAACAUUUGGGUCAUAUUGCUUCUAUUGUUCUUGACAUAAUAACAGUCACAUAUUUUACAUUGCUAAUAAUAAAUUUGAAGUCAA